AUGGCAAAUCACUACUCAACAUCUAAAAAAAUAUGGUAUGGCCCAAAUUGUGAAGGUACAUUUCUUAACCUUUGUCUUGGCCAAGUAAUAUUAUCAAAAUUGAAAGCAACCAAUCCAAAAAGAGUUUUAGAAGUUGAGCAUGAGUCUGGAGCUUCUCUGACAGCUAAGGAAAUCCACUCACAGACAAUCACAGUUGCACAGAAUUUAAUGCGUCUUGGUGUUAAGAAAGAUGAUAUCGUCAUAGUGUUCUCAAAAUCAAACAUAAAAAUCACUCCUAUAACCUUUGCAUUAUACAUUAUCGGAGCUCCAGUUAACUUCUUUUACUUGGAUUUGGAAGGAGAUGCCAUCAAGUAUUACUUUGAGAAAUUGGAUCCAACUGUUAUACUCUAUGAAGAAGAAUUCAAAUCUGAAAUCUUUUUAAAUCUGCAAAAUCUCAAACUAACCAAAUUGAAAUAUACAUUCAGUUUGGACUCAAAAAAUGAACCAAUUGAUGAAAUUCUAUUCAAGUCGUCAAUAGAAGACAUUGAAAACUUCCAACCACCUUAUAUUGGAGAUCCAAAUGAAGUCAUAGCAGUUUUACCAUUUACAUCUGGUUCGACAGGAAUGCCAAAGAUUGUUAUGCAAUCACAUGCCAUGAUCUUACAAUCAGUUUUGAACAAAUGGUGGCAAAUGGAUUCAAAUAGUGUAGUCUGUGUUUUAUCAGAUCUUCGUUGGAUGGAUCAAGUUGGAAUGAUGUUGCAAGAGGUCUUUUUUAAUGUAAAACGUAUUUAUACAUCAAAGUGUGAAAAAGAUUUCGAUGAGACUUAUGAAUUUGAAUUACUUUGCAAGAAUAAAGUUACUCAUUUCUUUACAAUUCCAAUUCUUAUUCUUCGAACACUCAGAAAUGCUGUGGAAUCAAACACAAUUUCAAAAUUAUAUCAUUUGAAAACUUUGCUUGUAGGUGGUGAAGCUGUGACAGAAUCCCUCGUAAAAUAUCUUUCAGAAGUUGUUCCAAAAUGCAAGAUUAUUAGUUCAUAUGGAAUGACAGAGUUGGAUGUGAAAAUAGCUUCCGAUGAGGAAGUUAUUGGUAAAAUGGUUAAUGGAGGUAUUUUAGCAAAUGGAUAUAUGGCAAAAAUUAUAGAUGAACAUGGAAAUUCUUUGGGUCCGAAUGAAAAAGGUCGAUUAUGUUUGAAAUCAAAAGUUCCUGCUCUAGGUUAUUUUAAAAAUGACAGAGCAAACACGGAGCAUUUUAAAGGAGAUGGAUGGUUUACAACGGAAGAGUAUGCUUUUAUGGACUCAAAUCAUUUAUUGAAUGUUAUUAUAAGAUUCAAGUAUCUUUUGCGGUUUAAUGGAAAGUUUGUCGAUCCAACUGCUGUUGAAAACAUCGUCAACAAUUUUCCAAAAGUUCAAAUCUCUGCUUUGGUUGGACAUUCAGAUAAUGGUAGUUUAACUUCGCAAGUUGGAACUCUUUAUGUGCUUAUUGGGAAUGAUAUAAAUCGUGAUAAUAUUGAAAAUGAACUAAAGACUUUAUUGAAAAAUUAUUUAAUAAAAAAUAAUCAAAUUGGUUUAGUUCGAUAUUUCCAACUAGUGGAUAGAAUGCCAUUAUUAAAUUAUUGCAAAAUCAAUCGAACUGUUUUAUCAGAAAUGGCAGCUAAGAAUUAA